CGCGUGUGGCCGCGCAGGAGGUCCGCAUUACGAUGCCCAUGUCUUGCUCGUGCCGCACUUGCUUGGUGGAGCUGAGGGAGAGGGGGAGCGCUGGCGGAGGAGCACCCAGGGAGGCUACCGCCGUCUCGCCCCAGCGGCCUGCGAUGGCGCCCGCGACGCCAUCGACGAUGGACGCGCUGAAGCAGGCACGCGAGGAUCUCGAGCUGUCCCUGAGAGCCCUGGAGUGCCCCAGCGCCAGCUCGGCCGGCGCCGCGAGGGAGCUGCUCGGAGGCCCGGGCCGCGGGGGGCCCGCGGAGUUGAGCGCGGAGUUCUCGGACCUGCGCGAGAUGUGCGACGGCACCAAGGAGCAGCUGCGCCAGUGCUUGCAGCGCCUCGGCAUGAGCGCCGACGCCGCCGGCGGGCAGCCUGAGCGGCGCGAGCUGGGUGUCCCCGCGCCGUCCAGGAGACCCGCAGGGCCCGACAAGCCUGCAGCGGAGCGGGCGGCCUCAGAGGCGCCGCGCCAGCCAGCAGUUUCCGCGGGCGCGCCGGAGCAGCGGGCCGCGGACGAGGUCCCAGAGGUCGUGCGUGAGCUCUUCGGGCGCAUCCUGGCGCUCGAGAGGAAGGCGGGCGCCGAGGCGCCCGAGGCGUCCGAGGAGCAGUCGUCGCCCCCGAUGGUGCACACGCAGACCAUAUCCACCAGGACCUUCAACCUGGGCGACGAGGACAGCGACGGCGCCCUGAACAUACGGGAGUUCGACGACCUGUGCAAGCGGCUCGGCCUGAGCUGGGACUCCCUGCAGGUGGGAAAGUGCUUUGCGGAGCUGGACAAGGACGAGGACAACCAGAUCCAGCUCUCAGAGUGGCGGUCCGCGUACCGCUCAACGUCUCCCAAAAAACUCGGGACAGAGCCAGAGGCGCAUUUUGGAGCUGCUAGGCGGCCCAGCGCCCCCUCGCGGUCCCCCUCGCCGCCGAGGACCGACGACGCUGCGGGGCCCGCCGCGGCCGCACGCGGCAGUGGCGGCCUCCCGGCCCAGCGCGGCGCAGCUGAGGGCGCGGGCCUGCCAGAGGGGCUGACGGAGGUGCGCGACAGCGUCAGGGUGCUGGACCGGAGGCUGCGGGCCUUGGAAGAGCAGGCGCAGGCGAGGACCGGGAGCGGCGGCGGCCUGUGGACCGCGUCAGCGGCCGCCUCGCCCUCUCCCGCCUCGCCCCUGAGCCUGCGCGAAGUCCAUGGCAUGCAGGCGCUCCUGCCAGCGGCGCAGCCGCCGGUCGCGGCUGCCGCGUGUCCUGGCUCCGGCGCGGCCUUUCCGGCGGACGGCGGCGCGCUGGCCCUUGCGGCUGCGAAAGCGCCCCCGGCCGAGUGGCAGGCCGCCCUGCCGAGCAUCUUGCAGCGGCUCGGCGACGUGGACAGGCUGGAGAGGCGCGUGUGCGAGCUGGAGCACUCCGCAGGGGGGGCCCUCGAGUCCACGACCGCCAUCCCAGACAUUCUGCGCCGCCUGAGCCAGUUAGAGCGGAAGAUCUCGUCCGUGUCCUCUGGCAUCGGGCAGCCCGGCGCCCGCGCGCCCGCGCUGGCCGUGGCCCCCUCGAGGGAGAACGAGGAGCUCUUUGACCGCGUGGAGGUGGUGGAGGAGCAGGCCAAGGCCUCGAGGCACGGGCUGCAGAAGGGCACCAGCACCUUCGUGAUGAGCGACACGAACUACGACGGGACGCUCGACCUGUCCGAGUUCGCCAGGCUCGUCGAGCAGCUGGAGCUGGCCUGGGACGCCGAGCAGGUGAAAAGGGUGUUCGCAGAGCUGGACGGAAACGGCGACAGCCUCAUCACGCAGGCGGAGUGGCAGGCCGCCCUCAAAGGCGCUCUGGCGAGGCGGAUUGCAAGCAGGCACGCUGGAGGCCGGGCGGCCACCCCGCCGUGGUCGCCCUCGUCUUUCGGCGGAGGUGAUGUAAACCGCGACGGCAAGCUUGACCAACACGAGUUCAGACGCCUAGUGAAGGAGUUGAAUCUGCCUUGGGACUCGGCAUUCGUGCAGCGGUGUUUUGCCAGCCUAGACACAAACAAGGACGACGUCAUCACGCUGGCGGAGUGGGAGGCGGCGUUGGGAGGCAGCCCGAUGGACCCCAAGGCCGCCGCGGGCCGCGGCGGCCACCCCCGGCCGCCGCCAGCCCCGGCGGACGAGGCCCCGAGGAGAGCCCUGGGCGGCGCCGAGGAGCCCGCGGGGGGCGCUGAGAAGCUGCGGGCGAUGGCUGGGCGCCUGCAGGGCCGCCUGCAGGGCGCGGCGGCGGGCGGAGACGGCGGCGUCCAGGAGAUGCUCGCCGCAGCGGUACCGGCGAGAAGGCUACGGAGUUCGUACCCGUGCUGCCAGACCACGCAGCCCCAGGUGCGGCGAAGGAUUCUGCCCAUCGGCGCCGCCGAUCUGCGCGAGCUGCGGGGCGAGCUGGCGUCCGGCAUGGGCGCCUGCAUCGGCGAGGUCAGCGGCGAGCUGCGCAAGGAGAUAUCCAAGCACAUGAAGUCGCUCUCCAGACAGUUGCACGAAGAACUGCGGAGCGGCCUGGACGCCGCGAAGGCCGAGCUCAGGUACAGUGGGGCCGGCGCCAGCGUGGCCGCCCGCGGCUCCCCGAGACCCGCGGCGCCGCGGGCCCUCUCGGCGGCGUCCGCCGACGCCCAAGCGCAGCUGCUCUGGCCGGGCGCCCGCGGAGCAGGCGCGGCCGCGGCGGCGGCCACCGAGCCAGAGGCGCCCCGGGAACAACCUCUCGGGGCUCAAGAGACGGGUUUCCACGCAAACGGGGGGGGUCGGCGGGAGCGCUGGAUUUUGCAGGAUCUUGCAGAGCCAGGGGGUCAUUGGCCCGGACUUGGGUGCAGGAUCCUGCAAGGCCCGGCUGACCCAGGUUUGGAGUGACCCGG